AUGUUGCUGCGAACAGCUUGGAGGCGGGUGGCUGCGGCAGUGCCCCCAGUUCCCGGCCAGGGGCCGGAGGCGCCCACUCGGGGUCUGCGCCUGCGCGUCUUAGACCAUGCUCCCCAGUCUGCUGUUCGCUCAGAUACAGCCUCUCCUCCGGAGGUGGAGUCAGUGCUGCGACCUCUGUAUAUGGAUGUGCAAGCUACAACUCCUCUGGACCCUCGGGUUCUUGAUGCCAUGCUCCCCUACCUUGUCAACUACUAUGGGAACCCACACUCCCGAACACAUGCUUAUGGCUGGGAGAGUGAGGCAGCCAUGGAACGUGCUCGCCAGCAAGUAGCAUCUCUCAUUGGGGCAGAUCCUCGUGAGAUCGUUUUCACUAGUGGUGCUACUGAAUCCAAUAAUAUAGCAAUUAAGGGGGUGGCCAGGUUUUAUAGGUCACGGAAAAAGCACUUGAUCACCACGCAGACAGAACACAAAUGUGUCCUGGACUCCUGCCGUUCACUGGAAGCUGAGGGCUUUCAGGUCACCUACCUCCCAGUGAAGAAGAGUGGGAUCAUUGACCUGAAGGACCUAGAAGCUGCCAUCCAGCCUGAUACCAGCCUGGUCUCAGUCAUGGCUGUGAACAAUGAGAUUGGAGUGAAGCAGCCCAUUGUAGAAAUAGGGCAGAUUUGCAGUUCCAGAAAGGUCUAUUUCCAUACCGAUGCAGCCCAGGCUGUUGGCAAAAUCCCUCUUGAUGUCAACAACAUGAAAAUUGAUCUCAUGAGCAUCAGUGGCCACAAAAUCUAUGGUCCCAAAGGGGUUGGUGCCAUCUACAUUCGCCGCCGGCCCCGUGUGCGUGUAGAGGCGCUGCAGAGUGGAGGGGGGCAGGAGCGGGGUAUGCGGUCUGGGACGGUGCCCACACCCUUGGUGGUGGGGCUGGGGGCUGCGUGUGAAGUGGCACAGCAGGAGAUGGAGUAUGACCACAAGCGCAUUUCCAAGUUAGCAGAGCGGUUGAUACAGAAGAUAAUGAAGAGCCUUCCAGAUGUGGUGAUGAAUGGGGACCCUGAGCACCAUUACCCAGGCUGUAUCAACCUCUCCUUCGCCUAUGUGGAAGGGGAGAGUCUACUGAUGGCACUCAAGGAUGUUGCCUUAUCUUCGGGGAGUGCCUGCACCUCUGCAUCCCUGGAGCCCUCGUAUGUCCUUCGAGCAAUUGGCACUGAUGAGGAUUUAGCUCACUCUUCUAUCAGGUUUGGCAUCGGCCGUUUCACUACAGAGGAGGAAGUGGACUACACAGCUGAAAAGUGCAUUCACCAUGUGAAGCGUCUUCGAGAAAUGAGCCCUCUCUGGGAGAUGGUGCAGGAUGGCAUUGACCUUAAGAGCAUCAAGUGGACCCAACACUAGAAGAGAGGGCCUCCGACUAUGUGCUGGCUUGGCUGCUCCUGCCUCAUCAACCCAUGCACAGCCCAGCACCUUGUUACACCCAGUGGGUGUUUCAUGUUCAAACCAGAACUGAUGUAACCCAGUUGACUUCAGCAUCAACUCAUCUUCAAAACAGAAACACAGGAAUACUGUCUUUCUGGGAUCUCAGCUUCUUUGGUGGGGAACACUCCCCAUUUCUCAGGAGUCCUCUGCUCUGAUGUGAGUGUAUAUCUCACCCCGAAACAGGGGGGACAUACAUUACAAUAUUGCUGCUGAACAUGUCUAUAUCCUUGGUGGGGAGAGCCAGAACUGAAAGAAGGCUCUUUGUUCAGGGACCCUAGUGCUGUACGUGGACACUUGAGUUGUUGCAUACAGCUACAAGCAAGACCGAUUUCUUCAAGAACAAGUGUAAUCAACUAGAUUUUUGUGGCUCCAAAGGCCACCUCUUCAUAUUGAUUGUAGACCGAACAGAUCUGAGGAAGUGCGUUUUUCUGUCCUUGUGUACUUUUCUUUGACCUAGUGGAGUAAGAAAUGUCUGUAUGAUUCUACCUAUUACUCUAAAAAUUUGUUUCCUUUUAAAAGUUUGUUAAUUUGCAGAUUGAAGAAAUAAAAUCACAUUCCUCUGUUUA